UCAAAAUAAUUCUUGUUAUUGAUGGUUGUAUAAAGGCGGUGCCACUUCUAUCCUCUGCAGAAUAUCUCAAUAAGCGAGUUGAGUUAAUCAGGUAUUUGACGAGGAGUUACAGUUAUGGCCGACCACUCCGAUGAUUUAGACCAACUUCUCGACAGUGCUUUGGAUGAUUUCCAGAAUCUCAAUCUCACUCCUUCCUCUCAAACUCAAAGGAGUGGAGAAGGAAAUGGCACAGAGAAGAAGCAAGAAUUUGGUACUUUGCCAUCUGGGAUACAAGGGUUGGGGAUGGGAUUACCUGACUUGAAAACCAAGAAAAAGGGAAAGCAAAAGGUUUCAAAAGAUUCCCAUGUCACGGAGACUCUUAAUAAGCUCAGAGAACAGACGAGGGAGGCUGUGAAAGGAUUAGAAUCAAUGGCACAACCAGGUGGAUUUGAUUUCGGUAAGGAUGCUGUGGUUGAUGAUUGGGUUAAGCAGUUUGAGGAGCUUGCUGGCUCUCAGGUAAUUCUUCAAUUUUAUUAUUAUUAUUAUUAUUUUUAAUUUUUUGAGUUAAUG